AUGGCUUCUCAUGACACAGUAGAGCCUAUGGAUUAUGAAAAUGCAGUCGAUACUACAAGAAGCGAAGCAAAAGUUGAUGUCUCAACUCAAACAGAAAGGACAGAUUCACGAGAUGUAAGUAGCGAUUAUACUUUAAUAGCUAAGAAUCUGUUUAGUGUUCCAAUAACAAUACCACCAUAUUCUAACAAGUACUACUGCAUAUGCAAUGCCAAAUUUUCUACUCAAAGAGUGAUUGCAUUAUCUGACGAUGUAAGAAUGAACACAUUCAAGUUCUAUUUGAUUUAUUUGCGUUACAAUUCGCAUUGUUGUCGAAGCCAUUUAGAAAGUCAUUAUUUGAAAUCGUCUGCUAUUGAUGCAUUAAAUCGGGAUUAUCCUGAAACGAGUUCAGUGACCGAUGAACUGUUGUCCACGAUGAUUAAAGAAAUUCAAAUAGAAUUGAAGAGAACUUCACAAAGUUUGGUAAGAUUUAUACCUCCGCUAAGCUUCGAUGAUCCAUUCAAAUACUCGAAUGAAGAUUACAAAAUACUCAUCGGUAUAGAGCAAGAUCAAUUUCGUGAUUUAUGCACACAAGUUACUAUGCACAAUACCAAUAAUCGUUCGAUUGAAAUGGCUAUUGGCUGUUUGUUAACAAAACUACGUUUGGGAGUAAGCAAUAAAGUUUUGAAAACCCUUUUCUCUUUUUCUUCUGGCCGCUUAGUAGCACAAAUCAAUGAUAGAGCUCAUAAAGCAUUAUUGAAGUUCUUUGUACCACAACAUCUUGGAUUUCAGCAUAAAUCUUGA